AUGGCAGGAGGAAAAAAGUUCAAACCAAAAGAACCUUAUACUCAUCGCUUAAAAAAGAUUCUCGAAGAAUACCCUGACAGCUCACAAGUUCUCCGCGAAAUCUUACAGAAUUCGGAUGACGCACAAAGUACAGAACAAGUAUUUAUACUUGACCAUAAUACUUAUCGUAUUGAGAGUCUUCUUAUGCCCGGACUUAAUAGAUUCCAAGGACCUGCAUUAUUGUCGAAAAAUAACACCAAAUUUAAUGAUGAUGAUUUUACAUCAUUGGAGAAUUUAGCUAACAGUGAAAAACAAGGCCAAUAUGAUAAAAUUGGAGAAAUGGGUGUCGGUUUUAAUUCUAUUUACCAUUUAUGUGACAGUUGUUCAUUCAUCACUAAUGAUAAUUUUGUAAUUCUUGACCCUCAUGAGUGGUGCUAUGAGGGAGGACAUGUAUAUGACAAUUUUAUUGAAGAUAGCUUAUCUCAAGAAUAUCCAGAUCAAUUUUAUCCUUUCAAAAAUCUUGGAAAACUUAGUAUUCCUUGUGAUGGUUCAUUUGAAGGCACAAUAUUUCGAUAUCCUUUGCGUACUAAAAAAGGUUCUAAAGAAUCAAAAAUCUCAAAAACAACAUAUCAACCAGAUCAUGUUUUAGAAAUGUUUAAAACAUUUUUCGAAAAGGAUAGCAUAGGAGAAACUGAGCCCGAAUUAAUUUACAGAAUUUCACUGAAAGAUGCAAGAAAAAUACGCAAAGAGCGUCAAAUGAUCGUUAAGAAAAUCGCUCCAAUGAUGAAGGAUCUUAAAGAAAAUAAACUUGAACAACAAAGAACACCAUUAUACACAUCAUACCGUGUAUCUCUUGUUCGAUGUGAAAGAGGAGAUGUUGUAGAAGAUUCCUCAUGGUUCAUUGUGAAUAUGCUUGGUGAUUUACAUGACGCAAAUCGCAAAUUUCCAGAUGACUUUGGAGAAAGACUCGGUACUGUACCAAUUGUAGGGUUAGCCACAAAACUAAAUUCAGGUCAAAAUGGAGACAAACUUCAUGGAGGAUUAUUCUGCUUUUUCCCUCUCCAUAUUGAUACUCCUUUUCGAGUUUCCAUAAAUGGACAUUUUGCGGUUACCAAUAACAGACGUAAUUUAUGGUCUGGAAUAGAUAAAGAUUUGGCCAUUAAUUCUUUGGCAAAUUUGAAAGUUAGAUGGAAUCAUUAUCUUUUCGAAAAGACUAUACCACAAGCUUGGGUUAAAUUUCUUAUUGAGCUUCGACCGCAUGUGUCUCCGGAAGAUUAUUAUAAGUUUUGGCCAAUUUUGGCCCCGGUUCAGUUUAUUUCAUCCAGUUUCUUCAAAAACCUUUUAGAAAAUAUGAUAAGCAAUCUUAAUGCAGACGAUAAAAUUUUCUGCGGGCCUAGUAAAAUGUUAUCAAUUUCAACGGGAUACUUUCAAGAAGAAUCUAUUGUGAGCCAGUUUCUUAAAAAAAAUAAAGACAAAUGGGAAGAAGAUAAGCUGACAAGACAAGAAACCUUUGAAUUGUUCAAUUAUUUACUAAAUGAUGAAAAUGAUAAGAUAUUAGAAGGUUUGAAAAUGAUUCCAUUGGCCGACGGAACAUUUAAAACAAUAUCUCAACGUGGCACAACCACAUAUAUAUGUCCAGAUAGCCUUACGGAUGAUGAAAAUGAUCCGCGCGAAAUUUUUAAAGAUCAAUUAGACAAGUUGAUCGUUAAAGACAUCCCAUGUAGUUUACUAAGUCGUUUGUGCGAUAAAGUGACAACAAAAGGAUGGAAUUUUAAUAUCGAGAUGUUAACUGCACCAAUCAUUGCUAAUAUGGUUAAAAAUUAUCUAAAUCAUCCCAAUUCUAAUAAAGAUGAGAUUGAUAUGGAAACCCGGUUUGAAUGGAUUAAUCAACUUUGGAAUUAUUUAUGUAACAAAUUUAAUGAAAAGGAUCUGAUUUCAUUUGAAGAUAUUCAUCUUAUACCAACAAAACAAAAUAUUCUCAGAAAACUUAAGACGGGUCAAAUAAAAUAUUUUUGGAAUAGUACUGAGGGAUUACAGAACUCUUUUGAUCAAAUAAACUCUAUUCUUGAAAAGCUUGGCGUAAUUUUCGUAAAUAGAGAAUUUGAAGACAAUAUAGCCUAUUUAAAGAUAAGGCUCUCAGCAUACAUUUGCAAUAUAAGCGACAUAGAAUCAGUUUUAUCAUCAUUAAAUACCGAUGAAGUGUAUAAUUUAUACCCGCCUGAAGCAGAACGUUUCAUAGAAUACUUAUCUCAUUACUUACACAUUACUCCAUCACUUACAAAGGAUCACAUUGAAAUUAUCAAAUGUUUACCAAUUUUUAAAGAAGUUGGCAAAGAUGAGAUUAUUAGUCUAAGGUUCGAUGAACAAAUUUCUUGA